AUGGAGUCCGCCUUUGCGCGCCCCAUUGAGCAGGUGCUGUCUACCUUUGACGUUGAGUCGGAUGCCGGCUUGACUGAUGCCCAGGUGGUCGAUCUGCGCCAGAAGCACGGAAGCAACUCCAUUCCCGAGGAACCUCCGACCCCCAUCUGGGAGCUCAUCCUUGAGCAAUUCAAGGACCAGCUUGUUAUCAUUCUACUCGGAUCCGCUGUGGUGUCGUUUGCCCUGGCCCUGUUUGAGGAUGAGGGUGGCUGGAGCGCCUUUGUCGACCCUGCCGUGAUCCUCACCAUCCUCAUCCUAAACGCCGUCGUCGGAGUCUCCCAGGAGAGCAGCGCCGAAAAGGCCAUUGCCGCUCUUCAAGAAUACUCGGCCAACGAGGCCAACGUCGUUCGCAAUGGUGGCCACAUCUCCCGUGUCAAGGCCGACGACCUCGUCCCUGGUGACAUCGUUGCCGUCGCCGCUGGUGACCGUAUCCCCGCCGACUGCCGUGUUAUUUCCAUUGAGAGCAACAGCUUUGCCGUCGACCAGGCCAUUCUCACCGGAGAGAGCGAGAGCAUCCGCAAGGAUGCCGACGCCGUUAUCGCUGAUGAGAAGGCUGUCCUCCAGGACCAGACCAACAUGCUCUUCUCGGGAACCACCGUUGUCACUGGCAGGGCUACGGCUGUCGUGGUCCUCACGGGUUCUAAGACUGCCAUCGGAGAUAUCCACGAGAGUAUCACGGCUCAGAUCUCGGAGCCCACGCCCCUCAAGCAGAAGCUCAACGACUUUGGCGACAGCCUAGCAAAGGUCAUCACCGUCAUCUGCGUCCUCGUCUGGCUCAUCAACAUCCCCAACUUCAACGACCCCAGCCACGGCUCCUACGCCAAGGGCGCCAUUUACUACCUCAAGAUUGCCGUCUCCCUCGGUGUUGCCGCCAUCCCCGAAGGUCUUGCUGUCGUCAUCACCACUUGCUUGGCCCUGGGCACCCGCAAGAUGGCUGCUAAGAAUGCCGUCGUCCGUAGUCUGCCUUCGGUCGAGACGCUGGGCAGCUGCAGCGUCAUCUGCUCCGACAAGACGGGAACCCUCACGACUAACCAGAUGAGUGUCAACAAGAUGGUCUACCUUGAUCAGUCGGGCAAGGGCCUGGUGGAGCUCGAUGUCGAGGGCACCACUUUUGCUCCCAAGGGAGCCAUCUCCAUAAAUGGGAAGACGAUCGAGGAGCCUGUCAAGAGCUCCGAGACUGUCCGCCAGAUGAUCGAGGUGGCCGCUCUUUGCAACGAUGCGCAACUGGCCUACGAUGACCGCACCGGCGUCUUCUCCAACAUUGGUGAGGCAACCGAGGGUGCUCUUAGGACCCUGGUCGAGAAGGCCGGCCCCUGCGCCCCCGCUGGAACCCCCGCCGCCGACUGUGUCCACUACGCCACUAGCAUCUAUGAGAAGAAUCUACCCCGUCUGUCUACGUACGAGUUCUCCCGCGACAGGAAGAGCAUGUCGGUCCUGGUCGAUGGCAACAAGACGCAGAAACUCCUCGUCAAGGGUGCUCCCGAGACCCUCAUUGAUCGCUGCUCCGAGGCCCUCCUGGGACCCGACGGCAAGCGCGUGCGCCUGGAUAAGAACAUGUCAGAACUCCUGCAGAAGGAGGUUGUCGACUACGGCAGAAGUGGUCUUCGUGUGAUUGCUCUGGCCAGCAUCGACGAUGUAUCCGGGAACCCGCUCAUCCACUCGGCCCAGUCCACGGAGGAGUACGCCCAGCUUGAGCAGAACAUGACCUUCCUCGGCCUCGUCGGUAUGCUAGACCCUCCCCGAAAGGAGGUUCCCAGCUCGAUUCAGAAGUGCAAGGAUGCCGGCAUCCGUGUCGUCGUCAUCACCGGUGACAACCCUAACACGGCUGAGAGUAUCUGCCGCCAGAUCGGCGUCUUCUCCAAGGACGAGGACCUCACGGGCAAGAGCUUCACUGGCCGCGACUUCGACAACCUGUCUGACAGCGAGAAGCUCGAGGCGGCCAAGAACGCCUCCCUGUUUUCGCGCGUCGAGCCUGGACACAAGUACAGACUGGUUGAGCUCCUGCAGUCUCUGGGCGAGGUGGUAGCCAUGACCGGUGACGGUGUCAACGAUGCCCCCGCUCUCAAGAAGGCCGAUAUUGGAGUUGCCAUGGGUUCCGGAACCGACGUGUCCAAGCUGGCAGCCGAUAUGGUGCUGACGGACAGCAACUUUGCCACGAUCGAGUCUGCCAUCGAGGAGGGCCGCGCCAUCUACAACAACACCCAGCAGUUCAUCCGCUAUCUGAUCUCUUCCAACAUUGGCGAGGUCGUGUCGAUCUUCCUAACAGCGGCCCUGGGCAUGCCCGAGGCCCUGAUCCCCGUACAGCUCCUGUGGGUCAACCUGGUGACGGACGGUCUUCCCGCCACGGCCUUGUCCUUCAACCCCCCUGACAACGACAUCAUGAAGCGUCAGCCCCGUAAGAGGAACGAAGUCCUCAUCGGCGGCUGGCUAUUCGCCCGUUACCUCAUCAUUGGCGCGUAUGUUGGUGUGGCAACGGUCGCCGGCUACGUCUGGUGGUUCGUGUACAACCCGGAAGGCCCCCAGAUCACGUUCCACCACCUCAUGCGCUUUCACCACUGCUCCACCGACUUUCCCGAGAUCGGCUGCUCCAUGUUCUCUGACGACAUGGCCAAGGCCGCAUCCACCGUCUCCCUGUCCAUCCUUGUCGUCAUCGAGAUGUUCAACGCCAUGAACGCCCUGUCUUCGAGCGAGUCUCUACUCACCUUUCCCCUAUGGAAGAACAUGAUGCUCGUCUACGCUAUCGUCCUCUCUAUGGCCUUGCACUUUGCCCUUCUCUACAUCCCCUUCCUGCAGACCCUCUUCUCCAUCGUCCCUCUCGGAGUUACCGAGUGGAAGGCUGUAGUGACCAUCAGUGCUCCCGUCAUUCUCCUUGACGAGGUACUCAAGUUCUUUGAGAGGCAUUUCUUUACGCAAAAGCCGACGAACAAUGACGCCCAGGUCAAGAAGAACCAAUAA